ACACGUAGCCUACUUUGUCAUCGUCUGCAGUACAGCAGUUAUAAUGAUAGUUUCAUACAUUAGAAGUUCGUUCAUUUCUUACAUCAACAAACGUGACAGUUAAAUUCAGUGGUUGGCUAUAUCGUUUAUAAGUAUUACCCUGCUUCCGUUCCAAAUUACUCUACAAUAAGAUCACGUAAUUCGUAUGGUAGAUCAUCUAUAUCAUUUCAUCAGAAGCACGUUUUAAAGGAGCUAAAUAUCUAUUCUUUGGAACCUAAAAUGGACGAAAAUCGAUGGAAUGGGACAAAAGGCAUUAAUGUAAUAUGAAUGGAUAUAAACUGAUCGUUUCUUAAAUACUGGAUACCCAUAUUUUCACAGUAUAGAUAAGUAUAAGGUUGAUUGAAAUAGAUCAGUAACAAAUUCUAAUUCGUGUUUUUAAUGACGAAGAUAAUGGAUAAUACUGAGUUAGAUUUAGUUACUUUAAUGUGGUGGUGUAAAAACUAUAGAUGUCAUGUACAAGACAGUGUGUGCUUACUUACAUUGUGACAGCGGUAGAGUUGAUAAUGUUAUGUUGUUUAUACACUAGCGAUUACGCCUUUCAAGAUAUUCUCCUGGGAUUCUAUAAACUUUUGUUUUGAAGAAAAUCUAUCAGGAAACAGACAUAGUAGAGCAUGGAUUGGGUUGGUUUGAAUUACCUAUAUUUAUGAUGGGUGGUAAGAAAGAAGACACCCCUCCAAUCAAAGAUCAACGUCGUCCAUUGUCUAUCAUUGUUGAGAGUGAUAGUAGCGAUGAUGACCAGAAGAAGAAUCAUAUUAUAAAAGCCCCAAGGUUUGAUAAACAAGAAACAUUUAAAAAACCUCGAAAUAUACAAAAUACAAUUCCGAGGAUAGAAAUAACGGAAGCACCAACUCAGUUUGUGGAGAAAAAUAAUAACGUUAAAGUCAACGGAGAUCAAGAGGAUGACGACGAUGAUAUUUUAAACGAAUCUGAUUUACAACUUUUAAAACAGGUAACAACAAGAUUGAACCUGAGUACCAGAAGACAGAGUUAUACCGUCUGGAAGUCAGAGAAUAUAGAUCGUUCACCUCGGUUAAUGCGGGCCGAUAAACCGAAGCUAUCCAUGGAUGGGCAUGACAAUAAACUUACAGAUGAACGUAAACAGAGAAUAGAUGACGCACUCGAAUGGCUUAGGAAAGAAUUGCAUGAUAUGCGAGUACAGGAUCAAGAACUGGCCCGGCAAUUUCUCACAUUAAAACACGACAUACAGCAGGUCAAACUAACUAAGAGCUGUGAAGAACAUCAGGACAUGUUGGAAGAAGUACAGUGUGAAUUAGAAGAACUGGAAGAUCUACCCGAUGUUCUCGAUCUUCCAGCCUAUGGACUCAGUGAUAAUCCAUUGAAACAUUUAGGUGUUACUAGAAUGAAUAUACACAGCAGACGAUUCUCAACGUGUUGACCAAAUAUGGCAUUGAUAGUUUUUUAUGAAUGAGUCUCUCUGCUAUAAUGUGAAUGUCCGAAUUUUGGAAUCGGUACAAAAUUGUAAAAUAAUUGAUAUUAGUAGACAAAUCGUUCGAAAUAUUGUUUAUAAAUGAACAUGGAUUGCGAUUAGUUAGUGCGUGGUAAAAGAGUGUGGUUUAGAAUCUCUAGGUUAGUUCGUGGUAAAUGAACGUGAUUGGGAUUAUCAAAGUUAGUGUGUACUAACUGAACACGAGAUUCCCUGAUUAGUGCGUGGUAAAUGAACGUGGUUUAGAAUCUCUAGGUUAGUGCGUGGUAAAUGAACGUGAUUGUGGUUAUCUAGGUUAGUGCGUACUAACUGAACAUGUGAUUCUCUGAUUAGUUCGUGGUAAAAAAAAAACCUGAUUGAGGUUAACAAGGUUAGUGCGUGGUAACUGAACAUAGGAUUCUAGGUUCUCUGAUUAGUUGUGGUAAAUGAACGUGAUUGGGGUUAUAUAGGGUAGUGUGUAGUAAAUGGUCAUGAUUGCGAUUAUCUAGGGUAGCUAGUGGGUGGUAACUGUAGGUGACUAAGAGACUUUAGGUUAGUGCGUGAUAACUGUAGGCGACUAAGACUCUUUAAUUUAGUGCGUGGUUAAUGUUUGAAUUUUAGGAGUGAUCAACAUAUCAAGUGGAAGUGGAUAAUCUGUUAUUGAUUCCGAUAUGUGACCUGAUUUUAUUAAAAUUCAAAUACAGACGCGAGUGUGUUCUCUUCUAUUCAGUUGACGGGCACACUUCCUGCCAGUAACAGAUGUGAGAUCUGGAACUCCAAAAUUCCGAAAGGUUCAUUAUUAGUAUAAUGUAAAAUAUAUAUGUCAAAUACUUUAAACAUGAAUUCUUUGAUAAGGUUCGGUCACAACAGCAUGUGGGCUAGUCACACCAGAACAGUCCCAUAAUGAGAAGUGAUACAGGGGCUCUCGUGAGGGUUAGGCACGCACAUGACAACUGUCAAAUUGAAUGAAUGAUCGAAUGAAAAUAAACAAAACAUAAGGUUGCCCCCAAAUGUAUAGCAGACACAGACAUGCGAAAACAUCAACAAUAUCGUGAUGAGGGGUAGGCAUGCCAUGCAUCGCGCACGACACCAGCAAAAUAAAAGUGAAUAUUAGAUUGGACCGUGUCUUUAAUAGUAGCAAACACAGACAUGAGAAAGCAAUCAACAAUAACGUAUUGGCGUCCAUAUUUAAAAUGCCGGAAGUGAAAUCAAUACACCACCUGUUAUUAAAGUUGUUGAGUGCGAUAUUGUAUUUUGAUGUAAAAUGGUAUUUUUUUUAUUAAGAAUAAUAUGUGUAGUUUAAUGGUCGAGUGCGAGACAUUAAGUAAUAUAUUGAUAUCAUACGCAAUGUCUUGCACGAGACCAUUAAACAACUUAAAAUACAGACACUAUCCAGCACGUGCAUUUGAAUAAAAUACAUCACGCGCGUCCAAUAUUUCAACUAGUAUAAUAAUGUACGCUUGGCACAUUGCCCGUACCAUUAUUUGAAAUAAUGGUACGCCUACAUCAAAGGAUGACGUCACAUCUGUAUUUUAAAAUUGUAUAGUGCACUCAGACAUCGACACGAAUGUAAACACUAUAAAUAGAAUUAUCAUAACAAAAAUAACGUCAGACAAGGACAUGCGCCGUGAGCACGUUAUAUGAAUUUAUUACCGUUUUAGAAACAGACAUGCUAAUACAGAGAACAACUUUGUCUUUGGCAAAAUUGUGACGAUACCUUGAUGUCAUUGUAUAUGUGUUCUAAAAUGGUUGAGGGUAUCAUCGGCCAUGAUAAAAUUCAUUCCAGAAAACACUAUAAGGAGGGAGAGGAGUGGGUCAUUUCGGAACUAAUAUAUGGUUCAAUUUCAUUUCAAUAAUUCGCUUGCGCAUAAGGUCCUUAGCUGUGGGAGGAAACCGGAGGGCCCGGAGAAAACCCAUGAUGCUGGACAGGCGACACUAUUCCCUGUCGCACACACGAGGGAAAUCGAGACCAUGCCACUUGACUCAGUUACAGACCUUAUGAUCAGUAAACACUACUGUAUUCAAUUGUUUAUAAUAUAUGCAAAAAUACUAUUGUGUUAUAUUAACACCCGGAUAAAUUCAUGUCUGUUUACGUUGACGAAACAGUCGACAAAAUAUUCUGUAACACUAUUUAUAUUGUAUUAUUUUAUAAAUAUAUUUUUCAAUUUAAAGGCUUUCUUCCACAUUAAGAAAAUCGCCGAAUCCUGUAAAAUUUCAAAAAAAUAUUUUUGAAAUUUUAUGUACAUCUAUGUGUGAAACUUGUCAGUCCUGGAGUUUUUGGGUCUGACAAACAAAUUUUGCCCAAUCGUUUGGAUGGGAUGAAGGCGCCAAGGUCCACCAACGUAUACAUGGAAUCUAUAAACUUAUCAUUAAAAUAAUUUGUGUGAAAUUUUGCCUUAUUAUUUGGGUGAGUCGGGGCAAAAUUUCCCCUAUAGCAUACUGUAUGACGUAUAUCCGUCUUUAUUAUCCUGGAUGGUGCCAUGUUCCUGAAGCAAGUUUUACAACAUCUGGACGCUGCUAGAUUAUUUAAAGAUACAUUAUGUAAGAUUUAGAUAAAGAGCUGACCAUUCUUACUAUAAUAGCUCAAAAAUAGAUAAUGUAAAAUGAAAAUAUUGAAACUUUCAUUCAAAUUAUUUCAUUCUGAGCCACGUUAUCACUGGCUCAGUUUUGACAAGACAAGUGCAUAGUGGUAACCAGGGCACUGGUAUAUUCGAGACUUAGCCUCGCUUUCCCAUUUUUAAUCUAGUUAAAUCUCGAGUAUCCGAUGCCACCGAGAGUUGAUUAUGAUAUUGUUUUGUUAAUAAAUGUCUAAUUAAUAGUUUAUAUAACAUUCCAGGCCUAAAGAAAUACCUGCAAUAGGCAGUCUUAGCUCUUGCAUAAUGUAUGUUUAAUUUGCAAUUCCCGAACUUAUAGCUACAUUUUCUCUCUUUACUGCAGACACGUGAACAAUAGCGUCCAAUCAGAAGUUGUGACACUAAGGCAAGCAAUUCAACUACCGUGACCUCCACAACUUUGCAACUCGAUUAUCACAGGUACACAUUUUAGCUGGAAAUUUGCGAUGAUUCCGGAAUCUGGUAGGCUUAUAAGCUGGGUGAAUACCCAGUCGAAAUUAGUGCCGAAAUAUGCACUGAGUGAAAGCGAGAUCAGGUCUUCUAUUGAAGAUGGGUUGGUACAGAACUCUUAUAUCCAAUUCCAAAUACCAAGGGAUUUUUGUUUUAUGUGCACGCCAAUAUGUACACGAGGGUCUCCGUUUAUCGUACCAUCCGAACGACUAUAUACGUUAUCCCUUGCCAGGUCUUCUGUUUUGCACCACUGGCAAGGGGGAACCAGGCCGAUGAACAAUCCCGGCCGAAGCAGGGAUCGAAAACGGUACCUCAAGGUCUUACUCACCGCGUCCCCGUGGCACUCGCAAGUUAUGAAUGAUAUUACGUUAAGACACGUAAAUUUUAUAACAGAUAAAAAUAUGUUCAAAUCUAUUUUAUUAUUGGUGAAUAUUUUUUGAAUAUUUAUGAAUGAAAUGUGUUUAAAUUAUUUUAUUCCAGCUUCUGUUAAUGUCGUAUUUUAAGACAAACACCGAUUGUUAAAUAAAGUGUUAUUAUUAUUA